AAGGUCUAGAGAAUGGUCGAGUGAGAUACGCAAAGCAAGCUGUAAGUGCAACUCUCGUGUUACUUGAAGAGCUCGCUGGAAUACUGUUAUUCAAUUCAUUGAACAUAAAUAGGAACGGAGAGAAAGCUGAAGAUGCAUCAUCAAUGUUGAUAUUUUUGAAUAUCAAGGCGAUGUGCAGAGAGGAUAUUGAUGUGUUCGUGGAGUUCGUGCACAUGGACAAUAUGAAAUUUAUGUCGGAAGACACCUCGACCAUAGACCAAAAUAUGCAACGUGAGUAUCAAUUCCCCUCCCUUGUGGAAGGUCAAGGAAAAAUUGCUAAUCUUCUUCAACAUCCCUUUACAUAG